AUGUAUGCUAACCAGUGUCUUCAGUGUAUUCGUGCUGGAGGGAAACAUAACGAUCUUGAUGAUGUUGGAAAGGACAGUUACCAUCAUACUUUUUUUGAGAUGCUUGGAAACUGGAGUUUUGGAGACUACUUCAAAAAGGAGGCCAUACAAUUUUCCUGGGAACUUCUCACCAAAGUAUACGGUUUAGAUCCUGAUAGACUCUACGUUACCUACUUUGAAGGAAACGAGGCUGCCGGCGUUGGCCCUGACAUAGAAGCAAGGGACAUAUGGCGGAGUGUCGGCGUGAAAGAUGACCACAUUCUCACAGGUGACAUGAAGGACAACUUCUGGGAGAUGGGAGACCAAGGCCCUUGCGGACCUUGCAGUGAGAUUCAUUAUGACAGAAUUGGAGGCCGAAAUGCUGCCCAUCUCGUUAACCAGGAUGACCCGGACGUGCUCGAGAUCUGGAAUAACGUGUUUAUACAAUAUAACCGUGAGCCAGACAGGUCUCUACGGCCACUGCCUAACCAGCAUGUCGAUACUGGUCUAGGAUAUGAAAGACUGGUGUCCAUCCUCCAGAACAAGUCGUCGAAUUAUGAUACCGAUGUGUUUACCCCCCUGUUUACCGCCAUUCAAAAUAUCACAGGUGCUCGACCAUACACCGGCAAAUUUGGUGCCGAGGAUGCUGAUGGAAUAGACACUGCGUACCGAGUGGUUGCAGACCACCUUAGAACACUCACCUUUGCCAUUACUGAUGGAGCUGCUCCCAACAAUGAAGGACGGGGCUACGUUGUUCGUCGAGUGCUUCGCAGAGGUGUACGCUACGCCAGAAAGUACCUCCAGGUUGAAAUUGGCAGCUUCUUCUCAAAACUUGUCCCAGCCCUCGUAGAACAGAUGGGUGACAUGUUCCCGGAAAUCAGGCGAAAGCAAACGGAUGUCAUGGAGAUCUUAGACGAAGAGGAAGUGUCGUUUGCCAAAACCCUUGAUCGUGGUGAACGCCAAUUUGAGAACUACGCUCAGCAAGCAUUGGACUCUGGCGCUGGAAAACUCCAUGGUGCCGAUGUCUGGCGACUUUACGAUACCUUUGGCUUCCCUGUGGACCUUACUCGCCUAAUGGCAGAAGAGAGACAGUUGACCAUCGACGAUGCUGAGUUUGAAGAGGCCCGUCUCAAGGCCAAGGAAGCCAGUAAAGGUCAGGCUAAAACCGCCUCCGACCUCCUCAAACUUACUGUUCACACUCUGAGCACGCUUGAGAAGAACGGUGUCCCAAAAACCGACGAUGAUGCCAAGUUUGGAAAGGGAAAUAUCGUCGCCAACAUUAAGGCAAUCUGUCAUGGAAAAGAGGUCAUUGACUCGACCAAGGACAUCCCUGCCAAUGAGCAGAUUGGUAUUAUUCUUGACAAGACCAACUUUUACGCUGAGCAAGGUGGUCAAGAGUACGAUACCGGAAAGAUCGUCAUUGACGGUCAGGCCGAGCUGGAUGUUCAGAACGUCCAGAUGUACGGCGGCUAUGUUCUACACACUGGCUUUAUCAAAUACGGCAACUUCUCUGUCAACGACUCUGUCAUUGCAGAAUACGAUGAACUCCGCCGAUGGCCAAUCAGAAAUAACCAUACCGGUACCCAUAUUCUCAAUUUUGCUCUCCGAGAGGUUCUUGGUGAUGGUGUCGACCAGAAGGGGUCCCUUGUUGCCGCCGAGAAAUUACGUUUCGACUUCUCUCACAAAUCCGCUAUCUCGGACAGUGAUCUAGAGAAAAUCGAAGCCAAGUCUACUGACUACAUCCGUCAGAACUGUGCUGUCUACUCACAGGAGGUUCCUCUCGCAACUGCUCGUGAGAUCACCGGCGUUCGUGCUGUGUUCGGAGAGACAUACCCCGAUCCUGUUCGCGUGGUAUCCGUCGGCGUUGAGCUUGACGAGAUUCUAAAGAACGUCAAGGACCCUCGCUGGGAAGGUGUCAGUAUCGAGUUCUGUGGUGGCACCCACGUCCAAAAGACUGGUGAUAUCAAGGACCUCGUCAUCCUCGAAGAGAGCGGUAUUGCCAAAGGAAUUCGUCGUAUCAUUGCCGUAACAGGUGAAGAUGCACAUGAAGUCCAGCGUAUUGCUCGCGAGUUUGGUGAACGACUCAACCGCUUCGAAAAGAUGCCUGCCAGCCCCGAGAGGGAUGCUGAAAUUAAGAGUCUGCAAGUCGACCUUAACCAGCUUACCAUCUCUGCCGUCGAGAAGACCAAGUACCGCAACCAGUUCACCCAGAUCCAUAAGAAGAUCACGGAUGCGCAGAAGGCCGCUCAGAAGGCUGAGGUGAAGACCGCCAUUGAUGCCAUCUCCGCCUACUUUGAAGAGAACACGGAAAGCCCAUCACUCGUCAUCAAACUGCCUAUCACUGCAAACCAGAAGGCAAUUAGCGAGUCUUUGAAUCACGUCAAGACAAAGUUGAGCGGUAAGGCGUUGUACGUCUUCGCCGCCGAUGCAUCCAAGGUUGCCCACGGAUGCUACGUGACUCCCGAUCUCACCACCAAGGGUGCAUCAGCUAACGAGUGGGCUAGUGCCGUGUCUAGCAUUGUUGGAGGCAAAGCAGGAGGCAAGGCACCCGUUGCGAUCGGCAACGGUACUGAAGUUAACAAAGUCGACGAGGCUUUGGAUGAAGCCACGAAGUAUCUAGAGAAAUUCAAACUCUGA